ACUUCGUCAGACAAAGUGCAUUCGCCGCAGAGCUCAGCCGACACGGAGGAGACGCGACUGAGAGAAAGAAAGAGAAUGGCGUCAUCAUCAUCGGCGAGAGGAGAACUGGAGAAGAUGGGAAUCGAUCAGCUGAAAGCGCUGAAGGAGCAAGCGGAUCUCGAAGUGAACCUCCUCCAAGACAGUCUCAACAACAUCCGCACAGCCAACGCCCGCCUCGAGUCCGCCGCGGGAGCUCUCAACGACCUCUCGCUUCGACCUCAAGGCAAGAAGAUGCUUGUGCCGCUCACCGCGUCUCUCUACGUGCCUGGGACGCUUGAUGAAGCUGACAAGGUUCUUGUUGACAUCGGCACUGGUUACUUCAUCGAGAAAACAAUGGAGGAUGGUAAAGACUAUUGUCAGAGGAAGAUUAACUUGUUGAAAUCUAACUAUGAACAACUCUUUGAGGUGUUGGCUAAGAAGAAAAGCGUGGCAGAUGAAGCUGGGAUGGUCUUGCAGUCUAAAGUUAGACAGUUACAAGCUGCAACCACGUCCUGAAAAUUCUUCUUCUCUAGUGGCUUUUAUUAGUACUAUUGACGUUUUGAGAUUGUGUCUGAUCAGUUUUGUUACGACGCUUAUGAUCUCAACUGGGUUUGUGUUUUGUGUGGUAGAAGAACUUGUGCUGUAAUAUUAAGAGAAGAACUGAUAAAAAGUUAAAAACUAGUUACAAUGAGAAAAAAAAAAACAAAUGUUGCUUA